GCUCCCAACCACCUCGGGGCUCACACAUUGACAUCCUUUAAGGCUUUUAUAUAAGUUCUAGGCAUUGUCAUUGGUAGUUUUAUGAGCCUAGUAUUAGAUUGAGCCUUCUUCUUCACUCCUGAAUGUGGAAAAACACCCAUAAGAACACGACUCAUCUACUUUGUGGCCUUUGAAAAUAGUUGUUGUGGGAGCCGAGGGAGUCUGAGGGAGAGGACGACCAUGGAGUGGCGGGAAGAGGAGGAAGAGGAGGGCACUAUGGACGACUACCCGUACCCGGACUACCAGGUGCCGCAGGAGCCGCCGCCCAGGAGCGAGGGCGCCGAGGCUUUCAGGGCCUUCCUCGAGGGCGUGGGCCAGAUCAUUAUGGAGAUGUCCAACAGGAACACCCAGCAGCAGGAGGCCCCUCAGCAGGUCGCCCCCCUCCCUGCCUCCGCCGCCACCACCCCCACCACCCCCUAUAUCCCUCCAGUCACAGAUGUCCAUCAGGAGAGGGAAGUCAACUGCCCCAUCUGCUUUGAGGCGUUUGAUGAGGCACAUGCCCCUCGCACCCUGCGCUGCGGCCAUACGGUGUGCACACCCUGCCUGGAAGCCAUUCUUGGUAGGGUGGCAGGUGAUCGCAACUGUCCUGAAUGCCGCCGACCGCUCAAGGUGACAGCUGUUGCCCACAUCCCUGUCUCCUACACCAUCCUAAGGUUGUCCCGGGCCCUUGAGCUGACUUCUGCUGCUGCAGCAGCUGCUGAGGCAGAGGUAGAGGAAAGCUCAGAGGGCACCCUGGUUGGGGAAGGGUGUGUCCUCCACCACUACCCCGUGCAGUGGUGGUGCCCCGGCUGCAAGGAAUUCCAGUGUCGCUCCUGCCCCCACGAGGACGCUAGUUGCCCCGAGAGAAUGCCUGCCAAAGAAGCAAUAAUCCACCUCAAGCAGGCACUGGUGGAGGAGAUGGAACGAACAGAGCUAGGCCUGAAUGAACUCAAGAACAACUUUGAGACACAACGGGACAAGCUGAACUUGUCCAUCGACCACAUGGAGGAGACAAUCCACCAGCUGGGGACCAAGGUGGAUAAGGUGCAGCAGCUGGUGCGGCGCGUGGAGGACACUGAGGCCCAGGUGGUGGAAGCGUCGUCAGCCUACCGCAUGAAGCAAGCGCUGGCCGCGGCGGAGAAGAUACAGGAUGCGGCCAAGGUGUGGAUGGAGCACAAGGACAGCCGGCCUGCUUCUCCCGUCGUAUCACCUGAUGAAGACCCCGUUUACUUGUCGCACCUGUACCAAAGGUUGCGCUUCACCAAGGAAAUAUACGCCGUGCUGGAUGGCAGGGAUGGUGUGCAGCGGUUUGGACGCAUCACCAUAGAGUCUGACAAGUUCAUCGUGCACAGUUUUGACGCAGCGCCUCCGCCUGCCACCGCUCUCCUGGUGGAUGAAAAGAGCAUCUGCUUCCCAGUCGAACAUCAGAUGACGGCCUUCUUUGACAUCCACAUUGACGGACGCUUUGAGGGGCGAGUCACCAUAGUCAUGUUCAGGAAUACAGGCUUCAGAAAGAGCCGCCUCUUCCUUGACCUAUGCAAAAACGGCUUAGGCAAAACCUACAAAGACCUCCCAGUGCACUCGUUGAACUAUCAGUGUGGCGACCAUUUCUCCAAAGUGGUCCAGAUUGGGAAGGAGAUCCAAGGAGUCUCGGAGCACCAGCCCAUAGUGCCACGCAAAGAGGACGACACCUACCACCACCGCUCCAUCUACCCCGGGCUGGUGAGCAUGACCAUGAACUGCACCCCAGACAUUGAAAACUCCACCUUCCCCACCCCGUCCACCUUUGUGGUGCACCUCCACAGCAGCAAGGGUGGGAACGAUACCAAAGGGUUUGCCAAAGUGUUGUCCGGCCUGGGAAUCCUGCGCUACGCCGCAUGGGAGAAGCGGGAUGUUGUUGUUGGUGAUUGUGGCCUUGUGGUGCCCCUAGUUGAUGGCCUGAUAUAGUCCUGUGUGUGUGUGUGUGUGUGUGUGUUUGUAAGAGAGCGAGAGAGAGCAGAUUUGGAUUUAGCUUGAAGAAUGCAUUUUUGUUGUUGGUGUUCUGCCUUGAGUGAUCCUGACAGCUGGGUGCUUCACUGCAACUAAUACGAGGCCUCCCCUCCCUAGUGAACAAAUAAUACUUGUCCACAGUCUUUCCUGUGAUGAUAGUUGUAACUGUAGGUAAAAGAAGGAGACACCACGUGUGUAUGUGUGUGUGUGCGUGUGUGAGUGAGUGUUUUUGUGUGUUUACAAAGGCAUGUUUUACUGUUUAAUGUGUUGUUUUUUGGGGGGCAUUUUUUUUUAUAUUCAUUUUAUCAUCAUACAGUCUGGUCUCUUGAUGAUUAGUCCCUUGUCGGGUUAAUCUAAACUCAUACAGUUGAGUGGCAUGAUGAUACGAGCAUCUGUGGCCUUUUUCUAUUUUUUUUUAUAGAGUGUUGAAUUCUCAUUUCAUUUUGAUAAUUUAUUCUAUUCAGUUUUGAUUUUUUUAGAUAUUCCUAACUUAUCGUGAUUUGUAGUAAGUAUUUGUUUAAUCAUCAACUUUAAUUAUUGUGGCACUAUCAAUUAAUGUGCCUUUGUGGAGCAGUGGUUAGCAUGCCAAGCUAUUAAUCCUCAGGCCUGGUUUGAAUCUCAUCCCGGGCAGUCAGCGUGCAGCUCACCCAGCUGUUCUUCCUCCCUUUCGGGCUGGUCGAUAAAUGGGUGCCUGGGGAAACCUGGGGAAGGUAAACUGUGGCCAUCCCAGACUCCACAGUGUCCCGUGUCCUGGGGUAACGGGUUCUUCCCACCAGAGGCUCUAAGGGUCAACACAGCAGAGAUGAGCAUUGCAGCUGUAGCCUAUGCACCCAACUUUACUGUUACUUUACCCAGCAGUUUUGAGGAUAAUUUAAAAGACUAUUUUUAUUAUUUUCAUUAUAAGCAUACAACAUUUUUUAUUCCAUAUUAUAUGUAUUACUUUAGCCAUUAAGAUGUCUCUGUAUCAUUACAAUUAAGGAUCGGUAAAGGUGAUGCAGCUGUUGCGUCAGCCCAUCACUGAAGACAGCCUCGUGGUGUUCCCUCUCAGAGCUGCCACUCUCAGGUUCCAGGGGCCGUAUUCUCAAACACUUCACUGCUUACACGCUCACAUUUGGCAGGGUUUUUGUAGGGGUUUGGGGCAUUUCCAGAGGUACUUUUUUGACCCUGGUGGUAGUUUGACCCUUCUUCUGUACCAUGAAUGUGAAAAACACCCAUAAAAACCUGAUUAAUCUCCAUUCUGGCCUUUGGAGAUAGGGCAUGUGAGAGGUGGAAGCAUCUGAGAAUACCGACCCAGCACGGAGGCUCUGAGUGUCACAAAAAAUGCAUCUCAGCAGUCAGGGAUUGUACAAGUAGCUCAAACUCUUUAGUACUCAAUGAAGAGUGAUGUUUUGUGCGUACCGUAUCACCUCACCAGACCAGGAAAUAAGACAGCCUUGCCAUA